AUGGCCCACGGGCGGACAGCCAGCCAAUCACAACCCGAGCAGCGCCUGCCGGCUCCACCAAUCCCAGCCCGCCAAUUCCCGCCGCGCUCGGAUCCGCGACUCCCCGCGGUCCCCUCAAGCGCUGCUCCCGCCGCCGCCAUUGCUGUGGCCGCGUCCGCCCGCUCCCCGCCGCCUGCCCGCUUCCCUGGACCAGAACCUGAUCCCGACCAGGACCUGAACUGGAAGCUACCGGCCGCCCUUCCCGUCCGCAACAGCGCCUGCCGAGGCAGCGGCAGCGGGGACGCUGCUCCGCCGGCUCCCAAAGCGGCGGUGGCGGGAGCGGCGCCUCAGACGGCGGACGGAGAAAGGCGGGCCGUGAUUGGCAGGUUUAGGAGCCGUCAGGCUGAGGCCGGUGGGAGCGUAGGGCGGAGCUCGCAGGCGGCGGCGGCGGCGGCGGCGGCGGCGGCUCAGACGGCGGACGGAGAAAGGCGGGCCGUGAUUGGCAGGCUUAGGAGCCGUCAGGCUGAGGCCGGUGGGAGCGUAGGGCGGAGCUCGCAGGCGGCGGCGGCGGCGGCGGCGGCGGCGGCGGCUCAGACGGCGGACGGAGAAAGGCGGGCCGUGAUUGGCAGGGUUAGGAGCCGUCAGGCUGAGGCCGGAGGGAGCGUAGGGCGGAGCUCGCAGGCGGCGGCGGCGGCGGCGGCGGCGGCGGCGGCGGCGGCUCAGACGGCGGACGGAGAAAGGUGGGCCGUGAUUGGCAGGGUUAGGAGCCGUCAGGCUGAGGCCGGUGGGAGCGUAGGGCGGAGCUCGCAGGCGGCGGCGGCGGCGGCGGCGGCGGCGGCGGCGGCGGCUCAGACGGCGGACGGAGAAAGGCGGGCCGUGAUUGGCAGGGUUAGGAGCCGUCAGGCUGAGGCCGGUGGGAGCGUAGGGCGGAGCUCGCAGGCGGCGGCGGCGGCGGCGGCGGCGGCGGCGGCGGCUCAGACGGCGGACGGAGAAAGGCGGGCCGUGAUUGGCAGGGUUAGGAGCCGUCAGGCUGAGGCCGGUGGGAGCGUAGGGCGGAGCUCGCAGGCGGCGGCGGCGGCGGCGGCUCAGACGGCGGACGGAGAAAGGCGGGCCGUGAUUGGCAGGCUUAGGAGCCGUCAGGCUGAGGCCGGUGGGAGCGUAGGGCGGAGCUCGCAGGCGGCGGCGGCGGCGGCGGCGGCGGCGGCGGCGGCUCAGACGGCGGACGGAGAAAGGCGGGCCGUGAUUGGCAGGCUUAGGAGCCGUCAGGCUGAGGCCGGUGGGAGCGUAGGGCGGAGCUCGCAGGCGGCGGCGGCGGCGGCUCAGACGGCGGACGGAGAAAGGCGGGCCGUGAUUGGCAGGGUUAGGAGCCGUCAGGCUGAGGCCGGUGGGAGCGUAGGGCGGAGCUCGCAGGCGGCGGCGGCGGCGGCGGCGGCGGCUCAGACGGCGGACGGAGAAAGGCGGGCCGUGAUUGGCAGGGUUAGGAGCCGUCAGGCUGAGGCCGGUGGGAGCGUAGGGCGGAGCUCGCAGGCGGCGGCGGCGGCGGCGGCGGCGGCGGCGGCGGCUCAGACGGCGGAGCUCGCAGGCGGCGGCGGCGGCGGCGGCGGCGGCCGCGCUCGCCAAACCCCCGUCCCCUUCUCCGGCCUUCUCUCGUGCCCAGGUCCCGGCGAAAAGACUCCCGCAGAGCCCCUACCGGAGAGCCCCAUCGGCACUCGGGGCAGGAGGCGGAGAGGAGUGUAG